GGUUUUGCCGAAUCUGCAGCCUCCAGCAGCCAGGUUGGGAGCACAAUCGGGAUUGCCCUCGGCAGUGUCAGCGUGUUUGUCAUCAUUAUUGUUGCCAUUAUGAUGCUGAAACAUAACAAGUCCAGGCAGUCCGUGUCUCACGGUUAUGUUGAGGUCAACCCAUCUGCAUCCCCAGAAGAAAAACACCUGGCAAACAUGCAGAUGAAUGGUUAUGAAAACCCCACAUACAAGUACUUUGAGGUACAGCACAAUCCCAAAGCCUAA